CUGUUGGUGAACAUGGUGAAAGGAUGACGGAUGUCAGAGAAGAACUUUCGAUUUCUUUCAGAGGAAAGAAUAAAUCUCUUCUUAAAAAAACUUGCAAAGCUCAAGUGUUACUAUAAUUUGUAAAGAAGCCACAUCUUAGUUUAGAAAGCUUCGUUGGUUUUGUUUACUCAUUAAUUUUGAUACCGUAAUUUGCUCUCGCUGUCAACGGUAUUAUACAGUACACGUAGUUCUAAUCAGAUGCCAAUGAGUUGUAGACUUUUUAUUCGACGAUUACAUUGCAGUACAAUGUAUUGUUUUUUAAACAUCCAUGUCUGUAUUCAGUGAAGUAAUAUCAGUUUGUGUAGCAUGGUUUUUCGAACCGUGGUGUGGUAGUGAUAUCACCAGUCUCGUGUACUCUACAUUGCUCGAGUAUUUGUGUCUGGAAUGACGAACAUCGAACAACCCAACUUCACAAGAUCAACUGUUAAAACCUUGGAUAUAUUUUGUGUGGACUUGCGAGGGUUGGUUUCCUCAGCUUCUGUCGUGAGACUCGUCCUGUGAAUUUGAAGAUCGGGUGACUUGCCCCACACUUCUUCAGACAAGUUCGUGACUGCCCGAUUUGACCUGCACUUCUACACUGCUCCUGAUGGAGAGGAGAAAGCCAUUGACUCCCUGAACAACCAAGACCCAGCGGACUUGAUCGGGAAUUUCGCAACAGAGUUAUUUGGAAGCAGUAAUACAUGACUUGUUCAGGUCUUCUUUGAGGAAUCCAUGCAUUCUUUGUUUAUAGGAUUCUAGACCAACGGAUCAAGGUUUAAUUUUAACUUACAAAGCGACUGAUCGAAAAUUAAGAGAUGUUAAUAGUUUGAUAUCCAUCAUUUUUCUAAUGACCAAUAAAAGUAAGAUUAAUCUAGAAAAAGUUCGAUCCAGAAUUCGAAGUAAGGUUUCGUUAGCCAGGAAGAUUAUUGUUUGGCAACAACUGAGAUUUUGAGCUUUGAAGAAGCAGUCUUUGGUUUUCCAGCGGCAAUACUGUAGAGAGUUGUGCUGGUGCUUCUGGUGGACUAAUCGAUUCGAAUCAUACUUUAAAGGUUCUCGGAUCGACUAAAAACGCUUUUAAUCACUAAAUAUAUUAGACUGUAAUUCUAGGUGAAGAAGAAAUGUCGAGGAAAAACAAGGCGCCAGAUAUCCAUAUUAGAAGUGGAGUGCUGUCCUGUUUCAACUACAAGAAGAAGGGUCUGCUUCACAAGGAAGCAUACGAGUUGUCACCAAUAUACUGGAAAUGCUUCCGUCACGGCACCAACGGAAAUGUCCUCCUGCAGGGAUACAGGAGUGAGGUGUCCCACAAAGACAAGCCUCGUGUUUCCAUGGUCGUCAAUGGCUGCACCACUGAACUCCUUCCACCUCUACUCAAGUCUAAAGGCAUCGACUACCCGGGGAACGAUAACUACCUGGGUAUCCAAACCGCGGAAGACAAGAUUGUGUUUCUGAAGGCAGAAGGGAGAUCCCAGCGCGACCUUUGGUAUAAGGACAUCUUGGAAGCACUAGGCGACGAUCCGGGUAAGACGACGACGAAGGCGAUGACGUCGAUUACCGAGGAACAUUCGACCACUCAGGAGAGACCUCCGAUGCCGUCGUUGGAUGACAAGAUCGACAACGACAAUCGUUCCUUGAGUACCAAAGCACAAGGUCCCCGGCCAGGUCAUUCUGAUGUGUACCAUGUACCCUAUGAGGAUUACGAGCCAAUGCGCUGUUCUGUUUCUACCGACGACGAUGGAAUAUCUUGGCCCGGUACCAAGCCGUCGCCAUCAACGAGCACAAAACAUGCUUCCCCCAUCAUCUCAGAUGCCGGGGAUGAAGAUGCAUUUGUCUCCGAGCCUGGCGAUAUGGAUGACGAUGGAUACAUCUUUCCCACCAAUCUGGCUAUGAAUAUCAGUGACGUCCACUCUGAAGGGGUUGAAGAGCCACCGUCGGCUGAAACUUCGCAUUCUUCUGCCAAAACGGCACCGUUAAAUGGUCCCCGCUUACCCGAAGCAAAGCCGGUACCGGUGAUACUGGUGGCUGCAGAGGAUCGGCCAGCCAUUUCGUCCGACUUCAUCGAAAGCCUGAAACAAGCACAAGAGAGCAAGACCCGUUCUGCAGACAGUUCACCUGAGAAACCCCGCUAUACCCCUUUAGCUCGCCGGACCAAGCCACUUCCCCCACCACUCCCAGACAAUCUCCCGAAGGUAGUGAUGCCCAAGGAGCUCAAGCAACCAACACCUGAAAUGAAAAGUGCUACAGAGGAGACUGUAUCGCCGCCGGUGAAGACACCGUUGAAGGUGCCGGAAGGGGAACAGGGUAGGAAGUCUCGCCGGAAGCCUUUGAAGAUGCCACCUCCGUUGCCUGCUGGAGGGAAUUUAAAGCCCAAGACCUUUCUAGGGAAUAGCAGCAGCGAUCGGCAUGAAACCUUACCACAGUUGCCACCAUUCCCCCAGGCUAGGAUUCGGACUAACCAAGGAGACUCCAAUACAAGCUCUUCAGAGACAUCACCUGUCAAACAACCUGUUGCUGAAGCUAAUGAGAAAGUCUAUCAGCUAGUGAGGAGCUUCCGAAGUACUCAGAUGUCUCCUGAUACAAAGUCUAUUGAGAUUGCCAAAGACCUUUUAGAAGAAAAGGAGUCAUUAUCAGUUACCGUGAUCAAGAGUAUGGUUUACAUCAGUGGAUUUCGGGGUGAGCUAUGUACGACGGAGCUCCUGAUUGGAGAUGAGGUUCAUAGGAUCAAUGGGCAGGCUGUCACCUCGGCAGAAGAUACGCACAAGUACAUUCAUGAUCACGAAGGGGAUACGGUAACUUUCUCAAUCAAGAAAAUCCCUCACGGUGUGCUGAGCUUCAUCUCAAGAGCGCAGGAACCGUCUCCAGAUCUCAAAAAGCUUGGGCUGACUCUGGCAGGUAACGAAAUUACGAAGUUCGAUUCGGAAGGACUGGUGGCACGAAGUGGUAUCCCUUCUCGGCAAGUAGCCCCUGGUAUCACAAACGGUGGAGAAUUGGUCAACUGGGCGCUCACACAGAUAAAUAUGAUACCAAUCUCAGCGAAUGUCACCCCUGCCCAAGUGGAAGACAUUUUAUCCGACUCUGGCAACAAUUUAGCCCUUGUCUUUCAUCCCACUGAUUUUGCAGCAGCCCUCGUACAAUGAUAUCGAGUUCAACUGCAGACGAUGAUGACGACGACGAUCAUAAGUCUUAUUUAGGGGUGGAUUCUUUGGGGAUUUCAUAAGGGAGGGGGGCAAUUUUGAAAUCAUGCAAGCAGAUUUUUGGUAGCGUAUAUAGCGCGUCAGAGAAGGAGGUGUGUAUGUGUGUGUGGGGGGGGGGGGGGUAAAGCAACAAAGAUACAGGACGGUCCAACAAUUGUACUUUCGAAUUCUGUGGUUGGUUGUCCUAUCAUGGACCCUACAGGAUCCAUGGUCUUAUGGGCUGUGUCCUUUGCACCCUCUCAAUGCCGUGUCUCGUUGUGUGGGUGUGUAAGCGCGUGUUUGGGUGGGUGCACGUAUGUGUGUGUGUCUGUGGGAGGGGGAGCUCUAGAAAUGCUUGAGGCAAAAUGUCAAUUUUUAAUAUAAUGAUCAGUUCACGAUCGAGAGACGAUUAAUUUAAAUUUAUUUCUGUCUCGCUGCAGCUGUAGCGAACUAUAAACUACCAUUCUUGAUAAUUAUGG